AUGUGUUGACUUCUUAUCUUUUGACUUCCACACAGAUUCUACUCCACAUGAAUUUCCCACCGUCAGACUCUUGUGAAACAGCAGCGGAUCCGCCGUUACGUUUGUGUUUCCAUCAUGUCACUUGGUUAUUUGAAAUCAUGUGAAAGAAUCACGCUGACGUAACAUCUCUCCAUGAAGUCAAAGCCUUGCGUUCACUUCAUAAGGCUGGAAUGAGCAACAUAUCAGCACCAUCUUGAUCCGGAUAUAUUGUGAAUGUCACCUUGUUGAUGAUUUCAUUCUUUUAUGCAGGAUAAAUCAGAAAAUGGCAGAUAACAUACCUCGUGAGUUGGACAGCUCAGACCUGGAAAUAAUCCGCUCCAUGCUUGAGGACAUGCUUGGCCCCUGCUUCGCACCACUAGACAACAUGUAUUGUCCUCAAGGUGCUACUUUCCUGGACCAGAUUGAGAAUCGGCCUCCUCUACAGUAUAUGUGCCCCAUGUCAACUGGCCCCUGCUUCGCACCACUAGACAACAUGUAUUGUCCUCAAGGUGCUACUUUCCUGGACCAGAUUGAGAAUCAGCCUCCUCUACUUUAUAUGUGCCCCAUGUCAACUGGCCCCUGCUUCGCACCACUAGACAACAUGUAUUGUCCUCAAGGUGCUACUUUCCUGGACCAGAUUGAGAAUCGGCCUCCACUGCACAAUGUCAGCGCGCAUUCAUUCAACCAAGAGAAGCAAACCAACCCUGUUCCCAAGCCUUGUCCACCUCAGCCCUCCACCUCCAAACAGCAACAUGGUGGAGCGGUAAAUAAAGAGCCGUACAUCAGAAGACCUCCAAAUGCUUUUAUGGUCUUCAUGAGAGAGAACAGGGACAAAGUAUCUCAGACCCUGAAGCCCAAGCACAGUGUGGAGGCCAACACCAUCCUGGGACAGAUGUGGAGGAAUAUGUCAUCUGAUGAACAGCAGGAGUAUUAUCAGAAAGCGGCGGAGGAGCGGCGACUCCACUCGGAGAAGCAUCCUGAGUGGUCCAGCAAGGACAACUAUGGAAAGAAGGUUAAGCGGCGGAGAAGGAAGGGCAUCGUCAUCUGACGUUGAAGGUCAUUUGUAUAUACAUGUAUAUAUUUAUUCUUUUAAAAAAAAAUAAAAUGUUAAACACUUUGG